GUAAACAUCGGCACAAGCGCAAGUGUCUCUGGCGCCGGUGGUGCUGUGCGGUUUUCGCUUGGUGGUCGGUUUUGUGUGCGAGACGGUGUGCUUAAAUGCCUUCGAAAGGCGAAGACAUUCUAAAUGGAUUUAAGCUGAACUGGAUGAAUUUGAGAGAUGCUGACACCGGCAAAAUGCUUUGGCAGGGGACCGACGAUCUGUCUAAGCCGGAUGUCGAGCACGAAGCUAGAGUUCCUAAGAAGAUAUUAAAAUGCCGUGCCGUGUCCCGAGAGAUCAAUUUUUCGUCUGUCGAGUCAAUGGAAAAAUUUCGGCUCGAGCAAAAGGUCCUCUUCAAAGGGCGGUGCCUGGAAGAGUGGUUUUUUGAGUUUGGCUUCGUCAUCCCCAAUUCCACCAAUACGUGGCAGUCGUUAAUAGAGGCAGCGCCCGAAUCUCAGAUGAUGCCUGCCAACGUAUUGAAUGGGAAUGUCGUAAUCGAGACGAAGUUUUUCGACGACAACCUUCUCGUUAGCACAUCUAAGGUCCGCCUGUACUACAUCUGAGCUCCGGGCGCAAGUUUUUGGCACGGCCAGUGGGAAUCCUGCUGCGAUGCCUCCAUUUACUGCCGUCACUCCCACAGCCCCCAUUUGCAGCAUCUCGAACAAACAGUAGUUUUUCGGUUGCUCGCAUUUCUUUUCCUCACAAAUCGCCCAACAGCUUGCAUCUCCUUGCGCAUUCUUUUAUGCUUUAAUGUUCUUUUUUUUUGAUUGAUACCUGAACCACUGAAAAAGAGCUGUUUUUUAUACCAAGCUUUGUUGGAUUGACGACCAGUUUGUUACAUUUUGUUUAUCUUUCAUUUGUAAAUAGUAUUUUUUGUUGAUGAGCCACGAGUUGUGUGGUGGAUGGGUAUUUAAUAAUAUCUUGUCUGUUUUUGUUUUGUCAAUUCUCGUUGUCAAGAGUGUUGUAUGUUGUUGAUUGUGCUGAAAGGCCCAUACAAGUGCAAAGUGAAAGGUGCUGAUGGGCAGCUGCCUGCGCACAUGUUGUGUUCAUCGAGUGCUAUUUCAAUAUCUGUAGCUGCUAUUGGUGUAAAUUUUAUCGCCAUCGUUUGAAAGUCGCAUUACGGUUUAUAGCGCGCUAGUCCCUAUACACGAGUGUAAGCAGCGCAGCGUGAUAGUGAUACCUCCUGAAGCUCUUUUGCACAGUUGUGAUGCUUAUUAUACUGCUGCUUGUUUUGAAAUACAGGAUGUGUAGAAUGCAAAGGUAUUUCACAGGGAAGUUUCACCAGCUUGCCAGUUUUACGAAAUUUUACCGACCGUAACACUUGAGGUGAUUGCAGAAAAAUUUUAUUAAGUGUUUCGAAGACUGCCACUUUGCACGUGCAUUUACUAUCUUCAUUUAUUUGAAGUAUUGGUGCAAUGCACAUACUUAACAAAAAGGCUUCAGCGUCAGUUUCAAAUAGAUUCAUCUGAACAUACAGCAAAAGGUGCAUAUAAAGUGGCAACUAGAUAUCUUGAGUGCCGAAACUCUGCUGCCGAUACUUAACAGAAUCCGAUGCCUAACGGAAUGUUUAUCCCGUUUAUUCGUUGCGGCAAGCAAAGCAAGAGACCAAGCUGAAAAUCUACAGCUUGUCUCAGUGGGACCUGCAGGAAUAUUGCUAAAAAAACUCCCGAGAUGGGGGGUGCACAUCAAACAGUGAGAAAUGUGUCAUUGCCUACACCGGGUCCAAAGCAGUGGUUGCCACCCUAGUGCCGACACCCCCCCCCCCAUAUGAUGUGUGUUAACUGUCAUUCCUGAAACGUUGCCUAAAGCAUAAUGGCCACUGAGUCAUUUAUAUCUGGCCCUUUUCUUCACCCCACGUGACUGUGUACAUGACACCCGAAAUAGAACUGCACGUGGUUGGCACACGCUGAUAGGGACGCUGUAGUUAUAUACGCUCAAAUGGUGAAUUAACAUAUACAGGAGGACAAGUUUGUACAUUCCACUGCAAGCUUGGGCCGAAAAGUGAAGCGCUGAACCAUUGUCACGCGAGGUCAUCAAUUGUGGCAGGUCGUCAUGUUGUACCUUUCUGCUUGUUUGUACUAAUGAAAAAUAAUUAUAUUUCAGAAAUUUAAGCAAUGAAAAUCUUUGUUAGGCCCACCCCCUUUUCAAUUAUUUUUUUUUUUGUUUUCACUUUCUAUACCUUAUAUAAAGUCGGACGUCUCCUAAAUCUGUCGAUUUCGUAUGCUUGAAGGAUAAAGUACAUGCAACUAAUAAUAAUUUUAACAAUUUUUCCUACAUAUUGGCCAGUGUUCAGCGUUCAUCAGAAAAUGCUACAGAAUUGGCUCUCUUGGCUGAGGUUUCGUAGUCAAUGUGAAAAAUCAAUAUUUAUCAAAUGUUUGGCUUCGGUAAAAAGCUUAUUCUUCUCUUCCUCCGCGAAGGUGCAAAUGCACAAUGUUUUUUCUUAAAGGACAGCACUGAUUUAUUCGAUUGAGCGCAUGUAUUCGGCAUCCCUUAAGCACGUGCUGCUUCUUUUAUUUCAACGUACGGUAGUGCGUGAAAGCCGUAGAGAUGGCAUUUCUGGAUAAAGCUUCGAUCCUGUGAUAACCCGAGUUCAUCGCGCCGAUCUGGUGGUCGACAAGCGGUACUAGUAGCCAGCUCCCCAUAUUCUCGUUCACAGACUGAUAAAUAGAGUUGCACAUAUGACUGCAGCUUAUCACGGGCGAAUGGUGUCGUUUACAGAAUUGCCGCUCUGUGUCGAGUCCACCGUGUGUUUCACAGUGAUCGUAACAAAGUUUGUCACCAUACUUUCUCACACAACAGCUGUAGCUAUGUUUUGUCUCCAGAAGUGUAUUUUUCAUGUUUGCAAGCGGAUUGUGGUACUACAACCCACCACCUACUUAGAAGCGCACAUUCCAGUUAGGCUGCACUUAGGCUCGUCCUUCCCGUUUGUAUCACUCUUAUCACGUCAAGAGUGUCGCGGCAAUUAUGUUUCACUGCACUCCCCCUAUGGAGUUUCGUAAUUACUUAGAGGAAAAACUGGCUUCGUCCUGCUGGUAUAAAAUUGAAUGCCCUUAGAUAUAUAUCUUCUGACGUGCAAAAAGCUUAUCAUUGGCAUCUUCUUCAAAGAGCAAAAUCAAUAUUGGCUACUGUCACAGUGUCUCAUUCUUUAACAAAACUGUUUGCAAAGUGCAAACUUAAUUGUUUUAGCAAACAUUCACGCCCAGUCAAAACAUUAUUUGGUAAAAGAGUAUGGAGUCUCCUCUGACUGCGUAGUCAUAGACUUUGUGUAUCCAGAGAAACCGUUGCGCACUCAAUGUGCCAUACCUCAUUCAUGAGCCUUUGUAUGUCGGCUUGGCUACUUUCAAAUUCCUGGUGGUUUGUGUACUCCAAACAUUGGACGCACAAAACAUAAAACCCUCUACGGUGUCCAAGUUUAAGUUUGUUUCUUAUAAAUUGCGGAAGGUGCAUUAUAGGCAAAUAAAUGCAUUAUAGUAAAUCGUAAUUGAAAGGAUUAUUCUUUUUUAUAAGAUCACGGCUUAAGCCACGUUCGGUAGUAACCUCGCAUGCCCAAGUUGCGGUGUUUUCGUGGGCACAAAAUUCCUAUAAAAAAAGAAAAUAUCGCAUAGAUGAUGGUGUCAGAUUUUUUUCUAUGUAAUUAUUGAAGAAACUCUAAAGCAUGGCCCAUGCCUUGACAUUUCACAUUGAUAUUAACAUAACCAUCCUAUCUGCGUUUGAGUGCUCCAGUCGGCUUGAUGCUAUCGUUGCUUUAUUUUUUAAAUGCAGCAACAUGAAUUCCUGAUUUAGUAUUUUGGCACAGUCGCAUUUGGGUGUCGCCUUUUUAUAAUGCUGUGCAGCGUCCACAGCCAAAGAUUUUUUCCUGUGAGGCCGCAUGUUUAAGAAGGCACAUCAUGGCAUGCAUUUUCGGGCCACGGUGAUGGCGUGGUCUCUCACGGCGUAUGUCACGGUGAUAGUAUUUGUUCUUUUGGAUUGCCACUUGAUGUUUGAUCUGUAUCUCUUAGUUCGUAGUCAAAUGAUUCAAACAGGCCAGCUAUAUUUAUAUCGCUAAGACUAAAUUUUCUAGUUUUCUUUGUAUACUUGCAGGGUUACCCAGCUGUCAGGUAAACCUAUCCAGCCUUCGUUCUUUUUCUCACAUUUGUGUAGAACAUACAGGCCAGGUUUAGCUAGAAAGUGUUGCUUCUGAAAAUUAUUGCCAGUAAAUCUCUUAAGCGAUCUAGGUAUGUUAUUAUUGUCUUUGACUGCUUUUUAUCAAGUGGGCCAUUUUAAAAACUGAUUGACAAAAGGUAAUUAUAAUAAAAAAAACUACAGCAGAUACAGCUGCAAUGUAUAAUUCCUUUUGCCAGAUACAUACCAUAGUUAUAAUUGAACAAUUGGUGUAUAAUGCAGAGCAAUAAACUUGGUUUUCAUCAUAAC